CUGCUGCUCUUCCUUCCUUCGAAUCCACCCAAGGGACCCAAGGGGAAAAAAGACCCCUCAGUCAAAAGAUUCCUUCAGUGCCACACUCACACUACCACUAUUACUACUAUUACUACUAUUACCACUACUUACAUACUACUUACUACUCACUACUCACUUACUACUUACUCACUUACUACUUACUCACUUACUACUUACUCACUUACUCUCACACUCACUCUCACACUCACUCUCACUCUCACACAUUCUUUCUCAAACAUCAAUUGUAAGAAAUCAUUUGCCAAAAAAAACAUAGCUUUGAGCUUCAAUCUUUCUUAUAUCUUUGUUCCCUUGAAAGAAUCACAUCAAGAGACAGAACCAGCACCACAACCAAAAAAAAAAAAAAAUUAACCCUCACAUAUCAUUUUGAUUAAAUAAUUAUGCAAAAUUUUGCUAUCAAGAUUAUACAUUUUUAGAGAUUCCCGCUUUCCCCCUCCCCCUCCAGAUACGAAACAACAGUGCGACGAUUCUGUCUGUACCUAUCUAUCUACCUAUCUUAUCUACCGACCUACCUAUCUUCCUACCUACCCAUUAACCCAUUACCACCCAUUAUCGAUUUUGAUCUGGUAAUGAUCGAGUCUACAUUGACGAUGCCUCCUCGUUCUUCGUUGACAUCGUCCUUUUCCGUUUCAGAUGCGAAUAAUGAAGUGGUUUGUCCAUUGAGAAAUCAAGAUGGCUCCAGUUGUCGCAAACGUUGCCUCGGCGAAAAACGAUAUCGAUCCAUGCAAGAGCACAUUAGAAGAGCUCAUCCAGAACAUUACAUCUCAAAGCUUCCUGCGACCGAAGAAAGCUUUCAACUCAUGAUCAAUACCCCGCCCUCUGAGCGUCCGCAACCACAACCACAACCACAACCACCAACAACUGCCAACUCGGCUCCAACUUCAAAUAGUUUCACACACGAAAGACAGAACUAUUAUGGCGAACAUUCGAAUCAUUCGAGUACCCCGAAUACUCCCAGAAUCGUGGACGAUAGUUCAAUGCUUCCAGCCGCUAGCGCUGCAGCAACUCUAGCACAGCUACACAAUCAUAAAUUGGAUAAUGAAUGGGAAUCCGAAGUGGAUUGGAUGUCAGAUCACGAAGCUCAUAAACAAGCAAUGCGAGCCUCGAUAGAGCUUCCUCCUAUUCAUUCCAACAAACUCGAACCAACUAGCGAUCCAUUUUCACAUUACAAUGUUCACCGUCGCAGAGACCUUCUUCCUUCUAUACUAUCGCCCCCAGGACGAUCGUCUACUCUUCCUCCACUUCAAAGAAAUCCAAGCACAGGUCGUCCUCGAAAACAAUCAGUGUCAAAGCGUGCUCGAGAGCCACAACAUAGGAGGCAAAAGUCUCGUGGGGAACAUACUCAUCUGCGACGCUUAAGUCAUGAUCGUAAGGCUCAAUCUGCCGAACCUUCAAGUGCCUUUUAUGGCAAGCGAUGGGAAGAUUUGAUUGAUGCUGCAACAUCAGCUACAGAAGAUGUAGACGAUGAUAGAACACCGAUUCCUCCAUCCCCGGUUUCAGUAAAUCGUGCUUCAUUGCCUCCAUUUUCCGCAUCACAAUUUCAAGGAUAUCAGGCUUCGCCACUACAACAAGCACUCACUCCACCAUCUUAUCAUGCUGAAGCUCCAGAACCUUUUCCAUCAGUUGAAAGUGGUGGAAGUGGUGAUCAUUUCAAUAUUGGAUCACAGGGGCUCUCGGAUUCAUCGCCAAGCUUCUCUACAAUAAAUAUACAAAUUUACUGUGCUGCUUGUCAGAACGUUUCUUUCCUGAAAGAAUCUUACGCAUGUACAGAAUGCAUAUGUGGUAUAUGCCAACCGUGUGUCGAGGUGCUCAUGGCGGAGCAGGGAGCACGUAGAAAAUGUCCAAGAUGCGCCACCAUUGGGGGACGAUUUAAACCUUUUCAAUUGGAUAUUCGUUAA